CUCCCUUGGAAGGACCCACUUCUUCCAAGCUCGAAAUCAAGGCACACCCGCUGCUGGUUUCAGUUUCACACUUCUUUCUUUCUUCUUUAUCCUGACGAUACAGUUCACUCACUACCAAAGAAUCAACCCCCUCAAUCUAAUCCAACUUACUUCGUCCAAGAUGCCUUCCGUCGUCGAGCAGCAGAUCCAGGCCCCUGAGCCCAUGACCGCUAACACUGAUAACAUUGCUACGCAGCAGCCCAAACCAGCACCAGCCAUGACGACCGGUGACGAGGUCGGACUCCGUGGUGGAGAGUCUGCUGGCUGCGAAUGUUGCGGUUGUAGCUGUGGCGAGAGCUGCUGCUAAGCAGCUCUGCUUGUCCCACGAUAGGCGGCACGAUUGACACACAUGAGGAGACUGGGGCUUGCAUUUUGGGGGAGGGAAUCGGUGCGAUGGGGCAGUGAGGGAUUGGCGAUACACAAUUGAAUCG